GUCGGGAAGGCGAGAAGCUGGGAGUGACGCCUCUGAGCCGCAGAGGAUUGUGGGAGGAGGUUGUCUCCAAUUUCUCCUCCCCACCUCCCCCCGUCCCAGCCAAGAUGUCUGACAUGGAGGAUGAUUUCAUGUGCGAUGAUGAGGAGGACUACGACCUGGAAUACUCUGAAGAUAGUAACUCUGAGCCAAAUGUGGAUUUGGAAAAUCAGUACUAUAAUUCCAAAGCAUUAAAAGAAGAUGACCCAAAAGCAGCAUUAAGCAGUUUCCAAAAGGUUUUGGAACUUGAAGGUGAAAAAGGAGAAUGGGGAUUUAAAGCACUGAAACAAAUGAUUAAGAUUAACUUCAAGUUGACAAACUUUCCAGAAAUGAUGAACAGAUAUAAACAACUAUUGACCUAUAUUCGGAGUGCUGUCACAAGAAAUUAUUCUGAAAAAUCCAUUAAUUCUAUUCUUGAUUAUAUCUCUACUUCUAAGCAGAAUUCUGAUUUUUUAUGUCAGAUGGAUUUACUGCAGGAAUUCUAUGAAACAACACUGGAAGCUUUGAAAGAUGCUAAGAAUGACAGACUGUGGUUUAAGACAAACACAAAGCUGGGGAAAUUAUAUUUAGAACGAGAGGAAUAUGGAAAACUUCAAAAAAUUUUACGCCAGUUACAUCAGUCCUGCCAGACUGAUGAUGGAGAAGAUGACCUGAAAAAAGGCACACAGUUAUUAGAAAUAUAUGCUUUGGAAAUUCAAAUGUACACGGCACAGAAAAAUAACAAAAAACUUAAAGCGCUCUAUGAACAGUCACUUCACAUCAAGUCUGCCAUCCCUCAUCCAUUGAUCAUGGGAGUUAUCAGAGAAUGUGGUGGUAAAAUGCACUUGAGAGAAGGUGAAUUUGAAAAGGCACACACUGAUUUUUUUGAAGCCUUUAAGAAUUAUGAUGAAUCAGGAAGUCCAAGACGAACCACUUGCUUAAAAUAUUUAGUCUUAGCAAAUAUGCUAAUGAAAUCGGGAAUAAAUCCAUUUGACUCACAGGAGGCCAAACCCUACAAAAAUGAUCCAGAAAUUCUAGCAAUGACGAAUUUAGUAAGUGCCUAUCAGAAUAAUGACAUCACUGAAUUUGAAAAGAUUCUAAAAACAAAUCACAGCAACAUCAUGGAUGAUCCUUUCAUAAGGGAACACAUUGAAGAGCUUUUGCGAAACAUCAGAACACAAGUGCUUAUAAAAUUAAUUAAGCCUUACACAAGAAUACAUAUUCCUUUUAUUUCUAAGGAGUUAAACAUAGAUGUAGCUGAUGUGGAGAGCUUGCUGGUGCAGUGCAUAUUGGAUAACACUAUACAUGGCCGAAUUGAUCAAGUCAACCAGCUCCUUGAACUGGAUCAUCAGAAGAGGGGUGGUGCCCGAUAUACUGCACUAGAUAAAUGGACCAACCAACUAAAUUCUCUCAACCAGGCUGUAGUCAGUAAACUGGCUUAACAGAGAACAGCUUUUACAGACAUACUUAAGGCAACAGUGCAGAGAUGUAACCCUUAAAAGAACUGGGAAUGGCAAAACUACUGUCGGUUGAUGUGUCCUGAAAAUUAUUGGAGUUAUGGCAGAAGUGCUUUUUUUGAUCAACUGGUUUGUGUUUUGCUGCUGCAUUUAUCCCAAGAAAAAAAAACAGCUUUAAUCUCAGAAGAAAACCAAAAUGCCAUGGGAUUUAUGCUGUAUUGACAUCUUGCCCUAAAACAUACAACAUCAUAGUAAUUUGUCGCGGGCAACAUGACCAGAGAGAAGAUUUUUGUCAUGAUUUUAAAUACACUGACACGCUACUGUUGGUUAAAUUUAAACAUGUUUUACCUGCAGAAAUUCUCUCACAAAUAACCUGCAAUAACUUGAAAUGCAUACCCUUUUGAACACUUCCUUUUCUCAUGUAUAAAUUAAAAUGUUUGCUGCAUUUUGCAAAAUGUCAAUUCUCCAAAAAUGUGUCCGUAUAUUUCUGUACCUGCAGUGUAGUAAAGGUUUAGAUGAAACCCCAUAAUUAUAGUGGCAUACUGUCACUUAGGUUUCAAGCAGCAAAAUAAACAGUGCAGCUCAGAAAUUGUA